UCUAAAACAUGUCUACAUAUAUCCGUAUGUUGUAGUCCAUUUAAGAUGGCUAGAAAGACAAUUAUUUGGGAACGGAGGGAGUAUAACAUGACAUUACGAACUGCUUUUGUCCAGCUGCUUGCAUGAGCUGGGACUUGGCUGAGUCCAGCAAAGACUUCGUCACCACUGUUGUCAAUAAAAAUGAUCUGGUCCCAUCUUUUGGCAAGGUCUCAGCCGCUGAACUUCGUACAAAGGUCAUGGCAUCAUCCUGGGCACCUGGUCUCCAGGAACAUAUUCAGCAGAAAAGACUCCUGAGUUUUAUGAACCACUCUGUGGACUUCAUGCGAUCCUACAUCCCUUUUGUAUCCAGUCCAAGUUCUAAGGUUGCAGAUGUUGAUAUGCUGCAACCUUGGACUGCUAAGGCUGAGAUGAAGCAUUCAGAGUGCAUGAAGUAGUGAAGAAACAUUCUGCCCUAUCCUGCUGGCCAUAUGUUGCUACAAAGAGUCAAACUUCUGAUAAAGCUGAGAAAGGAACAGAUGGAGAACACAUGGAGCAGCUCCUGGAAGCCCUGCGAUCACCGUCGAGUACCUCUCAGUCACCUCGGCAUCGCCAGUUGUACCCCCCAGGAAGAAUCAUGCACAUGGUUGCAUUGCCAAUAUCAGAAGAGCAAGGCAGACAGAGUGAGGGUGUUGCCCUCUACGAGACCCCUCGCGACAUGUACAACAAGAUCCGACUCGACGGAUCAAUGAUAAGGGACCAUUACAUGCCUAGGUACAUUGAGACGAUGGAGAUGCUCAUCGACAAGCUUGCAGAGGAUGACGCGCCUCCCAGUGACUCCAACGACGUCCGGUUGGACUAACUUUAAAAUAAAGUACUAGCCACGCCUUCUGAGAGAUUUUGUAGGAAAUCCUG